GCCCUGCUUUGUUGUCCCUUGAAAGCGACUGAGGGCACGAUAGCGACAUGUUGUAAAUAAGUAAAGGUAUUAACAGUUAUCCUCAGCAGUUAAACGGAUGCAUUUUACCCGUUAGGAUCGCAUUUGGACGAUUAUAAUCAACCAUGAACGAGAAUGAACUCGCGAUGUCUCGUGGUGUGGAUUUAUUUCUCCAGUCGAUCGGAUUACAAGGAUAUAUAUCCAGCUUUCUUCACAGAGGUUACGAUCGCGAGACAGACCUACAGUAUAUAGGGGAGGACGAUUUAGAUGCAAUGUGCAUUAUGGAUCCCUCCCACCGGCGUGACCUACUUUCGGCAGCUAAGAAGCACAAGAUCAGCGUGGAGAGCAAGUUGCUAGAAUGGCUGCGGGGGUAUGAGCUUGAGCAUUACUUCGUCGGUUUCAUCGGCAGCGAACUCGUGGACCUGGACGACAUCGCACGUCUCAGUCUUCCCGACGUCAACGUGUACGACGAGCUGGAGAUGACAAUGCUGGGGCACCAACGGCGACUAGAGAGGGCAGUGCGCCAGUUGAACAAGCGUCGGAGGACCGAAGACUCGGAUCUCGAGGUUCCCGUCGCCGAGGGGUUCUGGGGUAAACCCACCAACCUCGACGACGCCAAGUACGACUUCCUCUGCGUGGAGGCCACCAUAGCAUCGACACGGGACGCCUCCAGAAGUCACAAAAUAGACUUCAUGGUCGAUUCCGGAAGUGACGUCACAACGUUACAAGAAGAUCUUUUGUACACCUUAAACCCGGAGCUCAUCGGACCCAUCAACAGCAAGGGAGUUCACUCUUCCAGGAGGAAGAGCCUGUACAGAGCCAAACUCACCAUUGGAACUCAAGACCUGGAAAUAGAGGUUAUGGGAGAAUCUUAUAAUUCACUGGGAAGUCGCGUGCUACGUCAUUUCCGGCAUUACAUCACGGGAUCUAAACAUAUAUGGCUACCUGGUGACUUCUUUGACCCAACGAUGUCGUCUGCCCUAAUGAACGCAAGCCGACCCGAUGAUUCUUCCGAAUGCAAGAAACAAGCUCCUACCAUUCACGAAACAGGCGAGUCGUCCAAGAAACAGUCAGGCGAGACAAACACAGUGACGUCACAAGAUACCACCAUGACGUCACACAAUACGCCCACGUCACAUCAUACGUCAAAUUCCCCUGAAAUAACAGACGACAAUAUUGUUCAUAUAAACCAACAAGACGUUAUAACACACGAUAAUGAAAUAGCAGCUAGGGGUUCUGCUCUGGAGGUCAGUGCACCCUCAGAUAGUGAUAAUCGUGACUCGGGGGAUUGUGUACGUGCAGCAGAACAGGUUCGCGAGUGUUUCAGCGGUGGCGGAGGAGAAACAGAUGGCAAUAUUCCCGGAAAGCAUUCAGUACAUAACGGCCAGAUAUUACACAAUGGAGACACUAAUUCAUGAUGAAGACAGGGAAUGAAAUACUUCCCACUGACGCGCCAGCCAUGCUGUAUUCAGCCAUUGUGAUGAAGGCAUCAUGAAUGACAAUGGCACCGAUGGCGGUAAAGUAAACACUGGACACAGCUCGUUGUGUUCUCGCUCGAUGGCGACUGUAUGGCAUAGUUUGAUGAUUACAGUGAAACAGUAAAAUUGUUUCGAGACACGAGUCACACUCUGCUGCCUGGGACCAGGAGUUAAUACUCUCUACUGGUGGAGAUGCAUCACUGAGGCCGAAUAGACUGGAUAAUCGAGACUGCAGGUCUGACGUCCUCUACCUGUUCUUUCUCAAUGCUAAUUCAUAACGUGAACACAGAGCUUGCAAGCAUAAUGGUGCUACUAUUUAAAUGAUAUUUGCAGAUGAAACUGGUUUACGUGUUACGCCACAUCCCCGAUUGCUACAGUGAAACAAAGACUACAAGUCUAUGGAGAAACAAUGGGGACAUUACACUAUUUGACCCUUUCCUCAGUAGUGUGGGAAUGGCGACAUCAGUGUCACUACGUUUCACCGUGUGCAAUUAAAAACAACUAAAAUAUUUGCAUAACCAUACAAACUCCCAUCUUAACCCAGUGUCCAAUGUAAUGCAUCAGAAGCGUGUGCAUAUAGAUCACCGUCAGAUAGCGAUGACACCGGGUGUUCGGGAAAUGUGACACCCAUGGCAUCGAGAUCCCACAUGAAACACCCCACACCCCUCUGCCCUGCUGUACAGGUCAUUUCCCCAACAAGUGUUGAUCUGUAUUAUCGAUGUUGUCCUACUGCUAGACGUGUGAUCAUGGUGUUAUUUACACCGAACUCCAGCUGGCCCUUUCUAUACUCAGCCCUUUCUAUAACCUGCCCCUAAAUAACACAUGGGGUGGCAUGUUUAUAGAUAACACUAGUACGAUGAACAUUAUUUAUCCUACUGUAUAUUCACAUGCAGUAUUGUUAUGACGUAUAUUUAAUAUUACAGUUUGUUAUCUAUUCAGCUGUGUUCAAGCGGUGAUGAUGAGCAUGUCUGAUCGAUGGUUCUAUAACCGGUAAUACAUUGUGUCACGAAUACGUAACGUGUACAAGUGUAGAUUGCAAUCAAAUGAAGUUGGUACUAGAUUGUUUAGACACUAUGUAAUUUCUUAACAAUUAGUUUUUACCAAAGAUGCAUAUUUUCAUAGCUAUUUUAGAGCAUUUUUGUUCAGAUGUUUUUAUUAUCCAGAUAUUUUGGCCUAAAAUACGUUAUUUGAUCAAUCUACAUGUGUAGCUUCAUAAGGCCAUUCGGUACCAUACUUGCAUCAUUGACUUCUCCUGACAUUCCGUGCUCAUGUUCACGAUUCACAUUUCAAUGUGCAAUUAAAUAUUGCUCAAGUAAAUGUUAACAUGUAAUAUGUUAUUUAUAGAAAGUACGUUUUAUUUGUUAUUGUUUUGUACUUGUAAACAUAAACUCUUACUUGUUCUCA